CUUUCAGGCUCGGAAGGGGAACUCGUGAUCCCAGACCGGAUCCCGCUUGACUGGUCUCUGGAGUUUGUGUGUGUGUGUGUUGGGGGGACUUUCCCCAACUCUCCAACCCCCAACCCUGAGGUCAGAGAGUUGGGACCUGGGCCAGACUCGUCUCAGGCCUUGGCGCCGCCCCAGGCUUCAGGACCCCCAGCCCACUGCGGGGUUGAGGGGGGUGCAGGGGUCUGUGUACCAGAGUCAUAGGUCAGGGAGUGCUGGGAGAACCAGGGGUUCAUUUUUCCCACAACCACAAACGCAUUUCUCAAAAUGGAGCCGCUUGCCCCUCCUUCUCUCUUGGGCCUCAAGAGCGGGAGCCAGGCUGGCUAGGCCUGGCUUUCCAGACUUCUGGCCCUCAGAGCCCAGCUUUACAUCCCUCUGGCUUUAAGGGCCCUUGCCUGCGUGGCUUAGACGACCCUAACUCAUGGGUCUGCCUCUAGCUCCCCGUGCCUGAGCCUCUUGGCCUCUUUGUCUCUCGACUUCUGGUCUCUGUCUCUCCGAGUGACUACUGCGGCCCUUGCCCUUGCUUCUGGGUCUCACUCCCUGUGUACCCCGGAGUGGGGAACUAUAAACAGGGGUGGCAGCGCAUUCCCACUCUUCGCUCCACAGUGUGGACCCACUCUAUCCCCGAACUGAACCUUGUGGGGGCAAUCUCAGCUCCUAGCCCUACAGAGAGAUGUGUGAUUGCUCCUGGAUCCAGUUCACUUACCACCCUAGCUCCCAGCAACUCCUUCCUCAGGCUGGACUUCUGUGAUUCCUGGUGUCUUUAAAACUUGGGGACACUUAAUGGGGAGCAGUACCGAAAAACCAGAUGGGGCAAUGGGGUCAGAACUGUGGGCUCACCUUUCCUCUCACCUUUAAGUUUGGGGGAGAGGGGAAGGUCUUAAAAAGGGGGGAACUGGCUUCUAUCCACCCAGGUGGUCUUGAAUGUCACCCAGGUCCCAACCUCCCUCCAGGAAUGCUCACUCGUACAGAUUAUGCCAAAUGUGCUUUUCACACACCGUCCUUUCCGUUCACAUGCUUGUGUAAGAUAUACACAUAGUGAUUCGUGUUAACCGUCCUGGCAGAAAUGAAGUUGUUCUAUAGGGACACUUGUCUCUCAAUCUUUGGGAGACAAAGGCUUGAGGAUUUCCCUAGGAAUUCCAUACUGAGAGAAGAAAAUGGCUAUUGAGGCUGGGUGACUUCAUCUGACUUGGGACAUAGACUCCACUUUUGGUGAUAUUCACACAAAAACUCACAUAUAUGUGAACAAACUGGUCUAUCUAUCCAAACUUUUUUUUUGUCAUAUUGUCACAUUCAGACCCCACAGAUUCAUUUGUUACACAUACAUUAAUAACUUUUGUGUACUUUCUAAGUAAUAAAACUCAGUCUUGUAAGACAUAAGAAGUCAUACAUAUAUCUGGCUGUGGUUUUACAAAGUUUAGAAUCCCAGGAUUCUGAAAGCUGAGGCAGGAGGAUGCAUGAGUUUGAGGCCUGCCUGUGCUACAUAACACAACUGUUUUAGUCGUGUCCUCCACAUCACACACACGUACGUACUGACAGCCAUCUAAACACACAUUCACCCUCUGCAUAUUUCCACGCAUGCUGUUCAUUUUUAUGUUCCUGUACAUGUGCUCACACCCACAAGUAAGUGCACGUACUCUUAUGGAAUUCUCUGUCCCCUCUUGGCCCCUGCUCCACAUGAUGACUUCAGCAGAUGCUUAAGUCUUGGUCAUCAGCAGCCUUGGGACUGGGAGGGAGUUCCGGGUGGAGGCCUGCUGUCCCUUCCAGGAAGGGGCAAGCCUGGGGGAAGUGGAACCAUCUUACUGAGAUCCUCCCAGGGGUGGUAAUGGGCUUCUGCUCAAAUCCUGUAGGGGUGCUCUGAAGAUCAACUAAAGCGGGAAGGUUUGUAAAGGUGGACACUUGGACAGGCCCUAUAUAGGCUCCCUUAGUCCUAACUGAGUGGAUGGCAGAAGCUAGGAGUUGUCAUGGAAACAAGUGUAACCAGCAUCAACCUCUGGGAGGUAGGAGACCCCAGAGGGCACCUGUGGGUUUCUAAGGCCUGUGAGAUUUCCUGUUUGGCCAGCUCCACCCUUGCCGCCUCUGUGUCUGGGAGAAACUGAGGCCCAGCAGUGGGAGGCUGGACACUGCCUGGCUUUGGCUCUUUGUUCCUUAAUCACCACCUGGCUGGUGAUUGCAUCCCUGACGUGUCCUCUGCCCAAACAGCCUAGGAAUGAGGCCAGCUGUCCCAGGAGAGUAGGGACCUGUACUAGGAGCUAGUAGUUAGGAUCUCUGUCCAAUCCGUGGCUUGACCUUCAUAGUGGAGGCAGAUUUGGGCUUAAGACUGGGUCUUUCCUGGCAGAGAACCUGCAUUACCUCCUAGGUCUCCCAUUCCUUCAUCGACUCUGGUUGAAUUAUUCCUUAGCCUUGUCCAGACUAGGGUUAGGAAGUGUUACUGUGUUGGGAGUGCUCUGUCUGGAGGAGGGGGUCAGGAGAAGGCCUGUAGGGGGAGAGUACUCAGGUGCAGGGACUCUGACACCCAUGCCCUGCUCACAGGUUGCCCUGGAGGCCCCUGGCCAGGCCUGAGCCUCUGCCACCAUGGCCAUUGUGCACACUCUGCCAGUGCCACUGGAGCCCGCACGUGAGACAGCCACUGCCCCACAAGCUCCAGCAAUGGGUAGCGUGAGCAGUCUUAUCUCAGGCCGGCCCUGUCCCGGGGGAUCUGCUCCUCCACGCCACCAUGGUGUCCCUGGGCCCACCUUCUUCCGCCAGCAGGAUGGGCUGCUACGGGGUGGCUACGAGGCUCAGGAACCACUCUGCCCAGCUGCACCACCCAGGAAGGCUGUCCAAGGCACCAGCUUUACCUAUAUCAAUGAGGACUUCCGGACAGAGUCACCUCCCAGCCCAAGCAGUGAUGUUGAAGAUCCCCGAGAGCAGCGGGCAAACAAUGCCCACCUCCGUGGGCCCCCACCAAAGCUCAUCCCAGUCUCUGGAAAGCUGGAGAAGAACAUGGAGAAAAUCCUGAUCCGGCCAACAGCCUUCAAGCCAGUGCUACCCAAACCUCGGGGGGCACCAUCCCUACCUGGCUUCCUGGGUCCUCGAGCUGCUGGGCUGUCUGGGAGUCAGGGCAGCCUGACACAGCUGUUUGGGGGGCCAGCCUCCUCCUCCUCUUCCUCUUCCUCCUCUGCUGCUGACAAGCCCUUGGCACUGAGUGGCUGGGCUAGUGGCUGCCCAUCCGGGACACCGUCAGACUCUGGUCGCAAUUCUUUAUCCAGCUUGCCCACCUACAGCACCGGAGGUGCUGAGCCGACCACCAACUCCCCAGGUGGGCACCUGCCCUCCCACGGCCCCAGCCGAGGGUCACUUCCUGGUCCAGCCCGAGGGGUCCCUACUGGGCCCUCCCACUCGGACAGUGGACGAUCCUCCUCCAGCAAAAGUACGGGUUCCUUGGGGGGCCGUGUAGCUGGGGGUGUCUUGGGCAGUGGUGCCCGGGCUUCCCCUGGCAGCAGUUCUGGUGGAGACCGCUCUCCGCCCCCUCCGCCCCCUCCGCCCCCUUCGGAUGAGGCCUUGCUACACUGUGUCCUGGAAGGGAAGCUUCGAGACCGAGAGGCAGAGCUGCAGCAGCUGCGGGACGGUAUGGAGGAGAGUGAGGCUACCGUGUGUCAGGCGUUUGGAGCGCGGCAGAGGCACUGGCCACGGGAGCGGGAGGACUGUGCAGCCCAGGCGCAGCAGGCCACACAGCGUGUCCAGCGGGCCCAACAGCUGCUGCAGCUGCAGGUGUUCCAGCUGCAGCAAGAGAAGCGCCAGUUGCAGGAUGACUUCGCACAGCUGCUGCAGGAGCGAGAGCAGCUGGAGCGCCGCUGUGCUACCUUUGAGCGGGAGCAGCGGGAACUCGGGCCGCGGCUGGAGGAGACCAAAUGGGAGGUGUGCCAGAAAUCCGGUGAGAUCUCCCUGCUGAAGCAGCAACUGAAAGAAUCUCAGGCAGAGCUGGUACAGAAGGGCAGCGAGCUGGUGGCGCUGCGCGUGGCCCUUCGAGAGGCCCGGGCUGCCUUGCGGGUCAGUGAGGGUCGGGCCAGGGGCCUCCAGGAGGCAGCCCGAGCUCGGGAACUCGAGCUAGAGGCCUGCUCCCAGGAGCUACAGCGAUACCGCCAGGAGGCUGAGCGGCUCCGGGAGAAGGCUGGGCACUUGGAUGCUGAGGCAGCGGGACUCCGGGAACCCCCUGUACCCCCCGUGCCCCCGGCCACCACUGACCCUUUCCUCCUGGCAGAGAGUGAUGAGGUUAAGGUGCAGCGGGCAGCAGCUGGGGCAGGGGGGAGCCUGCGGGCUCAGGUAGAACGGCUGCGCCAAGAGCUACAGCGGGAACAGAGGCGAGGAGACGAGCAGCGCGACAGCUUUGAGGGGGAGCGGCUGGCCUGGCAGGCGGAGAAGGAGCAGGUGAUCCGCUACCAGAAGCAGCUGCAGCACAACUACAUCCAGAUGUACCGGCGCAACCGGCAGCUGGAGCAGGAACUGCAGCAGCUCAGCCUGGAGCUGGAGGCCCGUGAGCUUGCUGACUUGGGCCUGGCUGAGCCAGCCCCCUGCAUCUGUCUGGAGGAGAUCACUGCCACUGAAAUUUAGAGUUUUGCAAGGGGUGAGCCACAGGACCACCUGGGUCCCCGGAUCCACUGAGCACUCCAGGUCCCAGAGCCAAAGGGCCCCUGCCAAGCAUUCGGGUGGCCUUGUGACUUGAGUUCCGUUUCGCUGUCACCCAGAGGCUCCUACCCACGCCACCAUUUCACUCCUCGGCUGUCAGUGCCACUGCCAGCCUUGUUACCCACAGAUGUUUGCGGGGCUACCCCAUCUCCACAUUCUACCUGCCUGAAGCCAGAGAGAGCCAGAUGGCACCAGCUGCUCCAGAUGUGCCUGCCCUCAACAUGCCCACGAGGAGGGGCAGGGCUAGGACUGGGGUCUGAUCCCCGUGUCCAGCUCUGCAAGCCCCUUCUGGGCUGAGGGGGCUGAAGUCAGACCAAAGGAAGAACCCAGCAAUGUCUUGUUUAUUUGUGUUUGUGACCAAGCAGCCCCUCCUGUUACCAGGUUUAUGGCCUCGUUUUCACUUGUAUAUUUUUCACAUGUAAAUUUCUUGUACAAACCCAAAGAAAACAUUUUAAAAAAAAAAUUGUUUUUUUAAAAAAGUAUGCUGGAUAAAGAACCACAGGGAACUUGUUUGACAUCUGUCCGGGACAUCUGUCCCCUCUGCUUGCUGGCUCCUCCUCGACCUCAUGAAGUUCUUGCAGGGAGGAAGGGUGAUAGGGCUAACCCAGCGGAGUCAGAGGUCCUCGUGGACCACAACGUGAGUCUUAACCAGGUUUGAGGAGUUAGAAAAGCUUUCCAUCCUGUUCUUUGCACUGAAUGUUGCUUGAGACUGGGUAAAUGGGUGCAGUGACCUCCUUGAGGACCCUCAGAGUAUGGGAAGCCAGAGGCAUCAUCAGCCUCACAACUUCAGACUUGAGGUUCUCUGUCCCCUCACUGUGAAGCGGUCCAGGACCAGGGAAUGCAGAUGACACACAGUUGCCCACUAGAACCUUGUCCUUGGACAUCCGCCUCCAAAGGCCAGAGCCUUUCUGAUAGCUGCAGUGGAUCAGAGCCAGCGUGUGCUCCCAGCAGGCUGGCGGGCAGAUAGGACAAAGGGGCCUGGGUAUUGCAGGAAACCUGGAGGCAGCAGUA